AUGUCAACCACUAGAUCUGUGGUUUUCCAAGGCGAGUACGAUUCAUUUUUUAACGUGUCGCAACGCCGUGGAUCGAGCUGGGGGGUACAUCGGGCAGAAGGAGACGCACGGACGUGGCGCGGCGCUCCGCAGACAUGCCUCACUCGCGUCAAAUCCGCCGUGGCCAGCUUCAUGGGUGGAAUCACGGCCGGAUCGUCUAAUAAUAAUAAUGAACGCUCGGGUGGCUCGGACCUGCCGCUUAAAUACCGCUACAUGAGACCCAAGUUUCUGGGACUGUCGGCAGAUGAGAUAGAGUGCUCGGCGGAUCACAUCGCGAGACCUAUCCUGAUCCUAAAAGAGACUCGCAGGUUGCCGUGGGCGACGGGAUACGCCGAGGUGAUAAAUGCAGGUAAGAGUGCUCUGAAUGAGGACCAGGCAUGCUGUGAGGUUGUACUGGUUAAGAAGAAACCUAUAGGAUCCUUGACACCCAGAAAGCUGCCUACAAGUAGAAGGAGGUCGUCUCUUCCCAAUAGCGAUGGCAUGGGCAUGUUGGAAAAUAAUUACCUCUCACCAUCUACACAAAGCAAGAGAGAGCAGCUGACCAAGGAUGGUACACUCUCAGAAAAAAAGGAUUGUAUUUUUCCACAAGACUCAGAAGGGCUGGUCUUCCAUUACUGGGCUCUGUUUGAUGGUCACGCUGGCUCAGGAGCGGCAGUGGUGGCUUCCAGACUGCUACACCAACACAUUGUGGAGCAGCUCCAAGGUGUUCUGGAGGUCCUGACUAACUUGGCGUCUCUUCCCCCAACUGUAUUGGGUGAAGAACCCAACUACCAUCCAUCCCCAGGCACACAAAGGGCUCUCACCCGGGCUGCUUCCCUACGCGGUGCCACUGGUGCCUCUGGCUCUCCCUGCACCCCUCCAACACGGUUCUUUGUGGAGAAGAAGGUCCAACAUGAAAGCCUUGUGAUUGGUGCCUUGGAGAAUGCCUUCAAGGAAAUGGAUGCCCAAAUCGAGACAGAGAAGGCUAUAUACAAUAUCUCUGGUGGCUGCACUGUGCUUGUAGUGGUCUUCCUGCUGGGAAAGCUGUAUGUUGCUAAUGCUGGAGACAGCAGAGCCAUUAUAAUUAGAAAUGGAGAGAUAAUUCCUAUGUCCACAGAGUUUACCCCUGAGUCAGAGAGACAAAGACUUCAGUUCCUUGGUUUCAUGCAACCCCAUCUGUUAGGAGGAGAGUUCACACACUUGGAGUUCCCCAGAAGGGUGCAACGAAAGGAGGUGGGCAAGAAGAUGUUGUACCGGGACUUCACCAUGACUGGCUGGGCUUAUAAAACCAUUGAGGAUGAGGACCUCAGAUUUCCUUUGAUAUAUGGAGAAGGAAAAAAGGUAACACUGGCACGAGUGAUGGCCACCAUAGGAGUGACACGUGGUUUAGGAGACCAUGACCUCAAAGUCCAUGACUCCAACAUCUAUAUUAAACCAUUUCUGUCAUGCUUUCCAGAGGUGAAAGUGUAUAAAUUGACACAAUAUGAGCAUGGAGCAGAUGAUGUGUUGGUGAUGGGAACUGAUGGCCUGUGGGAUGUCCUUUCCAAUGAGGAAGUAGCAGAGACUGUCACCUCAUUCCUGGUCAACUGUGAUCCUGAUGACCUUCACAGGUACACAAUGGCAGCCCAAGACCUGGUAAUGCGUGCCAGAGGAGUUCUCAGGGACCAGGGCUGGCGAAUCAGCAAUGAUCGACUUGGCUGUGGGGAUGACAUCUCUGUUUAUAUAAUUCCCCUGAUGUAUGGUAAUCGUCAGCUGUAGUGUAGGGUACUGUUAAUGUACGUUUACAUUUCCUUCCUCCCCUCACUUUUUGGAUCAGUACAAUGAUCAGUAUAAUAUGAUAUGCUGUAGUAACAACCAUCAGAUUGUUCACUUGGAAGUUUUUAGAUGUUUUGUUUGUUUGUUUUUAUCCAUAUUCUUGUCUCUUCUGAGGAACUAUAAAGCACUUUGAUAUGGAGACAUGAGAAAAUGACAAUAGCCUAACUGACAAUAUUGAUAUAUGAAUUUGCCUGACAUACUGUAGUAGUAAAUAUUUCUUAAACGCUCAAUGUAUUUUUGUUUUGUUCAGUUUUUACUAUAUCCAUCCAAAGUUGCACUGUUAUAUUGUUUUCAAUGUAGGUUUGACACCCUUCCUGUCCUCUAUAGCAGGUUCCCAACAUUUUUCCAGGACAUCCCUAUUUUAUCAUUCUAAAUCCGUAAUAACUCAACCAACCCCCAACAUGUGUUUAUAAAUGCUACUUUAUUAGGUAUUAAACCAGCCACGGCCCGUCUGUAUAGGCAGUUGGGGCAGUGCUCCAGUUAAGUGAACUGGGUAUAUUAAUGUUUAAUGCAUGAGUUCAGUAGACAGAUUUGCUAUGUAAUUAGCAUACUAAGUGGAGCAGAGCGUGCCACUGCCCUCCCGAGCUCAACAGUGACCCACAUUUUUCCAGUGUAAAUCCGUGAUGAAAAAUGGAAAUGCAGUGUGCUGUAAUGUAGAGCCAUAUAGGCAGAUAUGAGUCUGCCCUGCUUCUUUUUAUGUUACCUUUCAUAAACCUUCUGGACCAAUCAAUCUGCUUUAACAAUGUGUGAAAAUCACUCUGAAUCAUUUCAGCAGUCAGCUUGUGAAUAUGUUUUUUCUCCUUUAAUAUAGUAGGUGGUGGGGGAUGAAGUUAAAGUAUAAGUCCUUUAGUUUUAAUGUGCUCAUUUAAAUAGUCCAUUAAUACUUCUCUUUUAUUUGUUUUAUGUUUUUCUAAUAAUUGACAUAGCUUUCUUCACGGUGGCCAAGAGAGCUCAACGCGCUGCAAAUGAAAAAAAAAACAUGCAAAUAGAAAAAAACACCUGCAAAUUA